CCUUCCUUUAGAGACAGUUCUCAUGGGAGGCUGGUGAUGGGAGACGGGGCAAGAUCCUGAAGCCAGGAACAAGGUGUUGGCAUUUGUUGGAAGAGCUUGUAAAGCUGCCUUUGCCUAGAGCUCCAAGACCAAUGCAUCUUUCCUUCGUCUUAAACCAGUGAGAAUUCAGAGCCCCAGCUACAGAAGACUCGCCCUGUCACACCAUGAGCUCUGAAUGUGAUGUUGGUGCCUCUAAAGCCGUGGUGAAUGGGUUGGCACCAGGCAGCAAUGGGCAAGACAAAGCAACUGCCGACCCUUUACGUGCACGCUCUAUUUCUGCUGUUAAAAUAAUUCCUGUGAAGACACUGAAAAACUCCUCAGGCCUAGUACUCCCUCCAGACAUGGAUCCUACAAAAAUCUGCACUGGCAAGGGAGCCGUGACCCUGCGGGCCUCGCCCUCCUACCGGGAAAUCCCAAGCAGUAGUCCUGUGAGCCCUCAAGAAACUCCGCAGCACGAAAGCAAACCAGUUCUGGAGUCAGAGAAUUCCGAAGCAGAUGAGUGGAGGCUUCUUCCCAACGCCGAUGCCAAUGGGAACGCCCAGCCCUCUUCACUCGCUGCCAAGGGCUACAGAAGUGUGCAUCCCAACCUGCCUUCCGACAAGCCCCAGGAUGCCACUUCCUCCAGCCCAGCCCAGCCUGAGGUAAUAGUUGUCCCUCUCUACCUGGUUAAUACUGACAGAGGGCAAGAAGGCACUGCCAGACCUCCAGCAUCUCUAGGGCCACACGGCCCCCCAGUCCUGGUGACCGCCCCUGCCAGCUCACCUCUGACCUUCCCGACUCUAGAUGAUUUCAUUCCCCCACAUCUGCAGAGGCGACCCCACCACAGCCAGCCAGCCCGCACUCCUGGCUCCCUCCCCCCUGUUAGCCAGACACCACCAUCCUCACCACCACCUCCGCUGGUCCCUCCGAUCCCGGAGGGCCUCCACAGAGCCUUGGAGCCUGACCUCACGGGAGCUGUUUCAAGUACCGACCCAGGUCCUCUACUAAAUGAAGUUUCUUCUUCCCAUGGUGGAACUGAUUCCCAAACCUUUGCCCCCGCCACCAAGCCGUCCUCUGCCUACCCCUCCACAACCAUCGUCAAUCCUACGAUCGUGCUCUUGCAACACAACCGAGAACAGCAGAAACGACUCAGUAGCCUUUCAGAUCCUGUGUCGGAAAGAAGAGUGGGCGAGCAGAACUCGGCACCAACCCAGGAAAAACCCACUUCACCUGCCAGGACUUCUGAAAAAAAGGCUAAGGAUGACAGUCGGCGGGUGGCCAAGAGCACUCAGGACCUGAGCGAUGUUUCUAUGGACGAAGUGGGCAUCCCGCUCAGGAACACCGAGAGAUCAAAAGACUGGUACAAGACCAUGUUUAAGCAGAUCCACAAACUAAACAGAGACACUCCUGAGGAAAACCCCUAUUUCCCUACGUACAAAUUCCCCGAACUUCAUGAAAUCCAGCAAAAUUCUGAAGAUGAUGAUUCAGAUCUGUACUCUCCUCGAUACUCCUUCUCUGAAGACACAAAAUCUCCUCUUUCUGUGCCUCGCUCAAAAAGUGAGAUGAACUACAUUGACGGUGAGAAGGUGGUUAAGAGGUCAGCCACACUUCCCCUCCCAACCCGCUCUUCCUCACUAAAAUCGAGCCCAGAAAGAAACGACUGGGAGCCCCCAGAUAAGAAAGUGGAUACAAGGAAAUACCGUGCAGAGCCCAAAAGCAUUUACGAAUAUCAGCCGGGCAAGUCCUCCGUUCUGAGCAACGAGAAGAUGAGUCGGGAUAUAAGCCCAGAAGAGAUAGAUUUAAAGAAUGAACCUUGGUAUAAAUUCUUUUCGGAAUUGGAGUUUGGGAAACCGCCUCCCAAAAAGAUAUGGGAUUAUACUCCUGGAGACUGCUCUAUCCUUCCUAGAGAGGAUAGAAAGACUAAUCUAGACAAAGAUCUCAACCUCUACCAAACAGAGUUAGAGGCAGAUUUAGGAAAAAUGGAGACGCUUAAUAAAGCACCCAGUGCAGACCUGUCACAGAGCUCCGCUGUCAGCCCCGCUCCAGAAAUUUCUUCAGAGCCUCCUGGAUAUAUAUAUUCUUCCAACUUCCACGCAGUGAAGAGGGAAUCAGAUGGGGCGCCCGGGGAUCUCGCUAGCUUGGAGAACGAGAGACAGAUUUACAAAAGCGUCCUGGAAGGUGGAGACAUCCCUCUGCAGGGCCUGAGUGGGCUCAAGCGACCCUCCAGCUCGGCCUCCACCAAAGAUUCAGAAUCACCAAGGCAUUUUAUACCAGCUGAUUAUUUGGAAUCCACAGAAGAAUUUAUUCGAAGACGUCACGAUGAUAAAGAGAAACUUUUAGCGGACCAGAGACGGCUUAAGCGCGAGCAAGAAGAGGCCGAUAUUGCAGCCCGACGCCACACAGGCGUCAUUCCGACGCACCAUCAGUUUAUCACUAAUGAGCGCUUUGGGGACCUCCUCAAUAUAGACGAUACGGCCAAAAGGAAAUCUGGGUCAGAGAUGAGACCUGCCAGAGCCAAAUUUGACUUUAAAGCUCAGACACUAAAGGAGCUUCCUCUACAGAAGGGAGACAUCGUUUACAUUUAUAAGCAGAUCGACCAGAACUGGUAUGAAGGAGAGCACCACGGCCGGGUGGGCAUCUUCCCACGCUCCUACAUCGAGCUUCUCCCUCCUGCUGAGAAGGCUCAGCCCAAAAAGCUCGCACCAGUGCAAGUUUUGGAAUACGGAGAAGCUAUUGCCAAGUUUAACUUUAAUGGCGACACGCAAGUAGAAAUGUCCUUCAGAAAGGGUGAGAGGAUCACGCUGCUUCGCCAGGUGGACGAGAACUGGUACGAAGGGAGGAUCCCAGGGACGUCGCGGCAAGGCAUCUUCCCCAUCACUUACGUGGACGUGCUCAAGCGGCCACUGGUGAAGAACCCCGUGGAGUACAUUGACUUGCCUUACUCCUCCCCGAGUCGUAGCGCCACCGCCAGCCCACAGUUUCCUAGUCACAGCAAGCUCAUCAUGCCAGCCCCCUCAUCUCUGCCUCCCUCCCACCGAGCUCUGUCCCCCGAGAUGCACGCUGUCACCUCUGAGUGGAUCUCACUGACAGUGGGGGUCCCAGGCCGACGUUCUCUGGCCCUGACCCCACCCUUGCCUCCUCUGCCCGAGGCGUCUAUCUACAACACUGACCACCUGGCCCUGUUGGGGAGGUCCAGCCCCUCCCUGUCCCUCAGCCUUCCCCAUGUGAGCUGGUCGGAUCAAUCCACCCCUCACUCUGCAGUUUCUCCACUGGCCCUACCUCCCCCAGACCAAGCCUACCCCCUGGCACCCAGUACCCCGGCUUCCCUUCACGUCAAUGGGGACAGUGGGACCCUGGGGCCACCUUUCCGUGCCCACCAGGAUAGCUUUUCCCAGCCGCCACUCGGGAGCUCUGACAGGGUCAUCUCAGAGCUCAGCAGUGCCUUCAGCAGCCAGGGGAAGAGGCAGCCGUGGCGAGAAGAGAGCGGGCAGUCUGAGAGGAAAGCGGAGAGAGAGGCAGGUGAGAGACGCCCGGGUGGACCCAGGAUCUCUAAGAAGAGCUGCUUGAAACCAUCAGACGUGGUCAGGUGCCUGAGCACGGAACAGAGACUCUCAGAGCUCCACACCCCCGAGGAGAGCCAGCCCCGCAAGUCCCUGGGUGGCCCCUUUCCGGGAAGGGAGGCUGAGCAGACAGAGCCGCGUAGAAGUCAUAGAAGUGGUGAGCAGGCUGAGAGGAAGGCCGCUCGGAGUGGUGUGAGCCAGCAACCUCAAGCCCAGCAGCGAAGAGUCAUCCCAGACAGAAGUCAAACCUCACAAGAUCUAUUUAGCUACCAAGCUUUAUAUAGCUAUAUACCACAGAAUGAUGAUGAAUUGGAACUCCGAGAUGGAGAUAUUGUUGAUGUCAUGGAAAAAUGUGAUGAUGGAUGGUUUGUUGGUACUUCAAGAAGAACAAGACAGUUUGGUACUUUUCCAGGCAACUAUGUAAAGCCUUUGUAUCUAUAAGAAGACUGAAAACCACAGAGAUUAUUUUUAUUGGAGGAUGAAACAUAAUUCAUGUACCCAUCUCUAUUUAAAUGUUGAGUCAGUAGGAAAACAAAAGCAAUGGAGAAAGUAAAAAACAAAAGAAAGGGACAGAGAAGUGUGUUUAAAAUCGGAGCCUGCCUGAGAGUACUGUGAUCAGACAGGGUUGAGCCGUGCACAGAACGAAGAGGAAUGAGGCAAAUCUGAAUUCACUUAGCUGCUCCUGGGAGCCACCCGGCCUUCCCUUCUCUCCUGCCCUGGGUACUGUGACCUGCAGCCCAGCACAGGAGCAGGUAGGCUGAAUGCCUCUCACCAUCCCAGCCUUGACACAGCUCCCGCUCAAAGGGGCCCCUCAGCAUGAAGCAGCCCAUGCGGUGCCAGGCAGACCCCCACCAUUCUCCAGAGACCCCAUCCAAGGCUUCCCACCCUCACCCCCAGCUGCCCAAGAGCCCAGUGGUGGUCGGCCUGAGCUGCCGAGGCUGUCCCGUUCCCCUAAACGCCCCAAGACCCAGUCCCUCGCUGCCUGCUGAGGAAUACAGGCAAACAGCUGCCUGUAAAUGUCCUGUGUGCUCAGCCUGCGCAUGGCGUUGCCAUCAACAGCCCUGGGAUUCACACAGAAAUGCACACAGGUUUGCCAUGGUAGCAAGGCAGCCACGCACACAGGGUACAUUUGUAUUUGCAAGUGAUCAAGUCAAGAAGCCUGAGCUCUUGACAUCCUUUUCAGUGUGCUGUUCUACCCUAUCACUGGCUUCCCUAAGUGAUCACCCUCAGGGCAGCAAGUUUCAUUUAUCAGGACAUUGUGGUCAACUUUUUGUGCCACGUUCUUGACUGGAUCCAUCUGGGAUUGAUAAGCCGUUCUCACAGAGAACUACAGAAAGUGAUAGGUGAUGGAUUUCCACGCACCGAGGCAGCCUGGCCGUUGGGGACACCGAUGAGCAAGCACGCGCCAAGCCUGGAAACAGGCUCACCGUGUCUCCAGCUCCACGCCCCCUGCACGUUCAAGCAGCACACACAAACGCCAGAGCCCAGGGGAGGCUUCUCCCCAUGGCAGAAGGUGCAGCUGCUGUGGUCGCCAAGUGUGAGGAGGCCCAUCCCUGCCCCACCCAGAAGGCUGUGCUUUGUGGGGGCCAGCCCUGAACAGGGAGGCCACCGGGGUGCUGGGGCGGUCACAGCUCUACCAGUUCAAGGAUGUUUCAACCUCUCUGUCCUAACAGACAGGGGAAGGUAGAAAUGAUCCAUCCCCCUGCCUGUUGGGAACUCAGAGGUGACUGGGGAGAGAGAGACACAAAAAUAGCUGAAUCAAGAGAGACUGUGAUAUGUGCAAAGAAGAUGUAAGAGAGGGAGAGAAUUUUUCCUGGAGGGGUCUUAGAAAGUAUUGUCGUAUUUCUGUCUCCAUUAGCUUACUUUCAGCUCCCAGGGUCCUGGAAGAAACCUUGGCGGAGGAAGUGUACGGCUAGAAACACUUGGACCUCUUUCUAGUCUUUAAAAUCUCAUCCUCCCCAUGAGAGGCAUAGCAGUUCUCCGUGAUAGGAUGUGGACAGCAACCCUCACUCUGCAAGCUGCUCAGAACUGCCGCAGGAUGGGGGUUCCAAAGUCUGGAGUCUUUACGAGUAGGCAAAGUUUCCCUUUUGUGCCUGCGCCUCAGAGUCUGUCUCUGCUACCCAUGUUAGGGUCCCACCUGCCCAUCAGACAGCACAGAACCGUUGCUCUCUCCCUGUCUUUCAAAGCUCUCAGGAAAGAAACUGGCUCCUUCCUACUAAAGUGUAAAUGACUGAUCAGAGGAAUGUUUUACCUCUUCUGGUACAGAGCAGAGCCUUAAUUCCAAGGGGAAAGAUUAUGGAACUAAGGUGGGGGCAGGAGUGGAGGAUAGAAAAGGCCUUGAUAUUCCUUAAACAAGACUCAUUGCUUUGGAAAAACCACUGCACCAACCAGGGACACUGGUUUUUGUUUUUUUUGGUGGGGGGAGGGGCUUGGAGCUCAGUCUCUGGAGGACUGUAGUGCAAGUGCACAUGCAUUUUGCAGCAUUUCACCCAUUUGGAAUGUGAUUCUUGUAUUGGCUAAUGUGAUUUCUGGUAUUUCUUAAAUGCAAACCAUUAAAUCACAUGAUCUUACUAAUAGGUUUUUUUUGGGGGGUGCUUCUUGAUUAGGUCAUUUGGAACACCUCUUUAAAUACAGCUAGAAAAGAAAACCAAUUUGUAAAGCUACAUUUGCAUCUGAUACCGGCCUCACACGUCUGUGUAUCCAGAAACCUAGAUAGGCCUCACCAAUAUGCCCGUCUUUAAGAGAAUCAUGUUAAAAUUUACAUCAAACUCCAGCUUCCUCUACAUGACAAAACAAUGAACAAAGGUUUCCAAUUAUUCUUUUGUCUUCAGACAUUUAGUAAUAUAAAAUACCUAUUUUUAUGCUGAAAUGUUUAUACAAGUUUAUUAAUAGCAAGUACAACUACUGGCGGCAUGCCUUGCGACACAUUUUGAUAUAUUAGCCAUGCUUCUGGGUAAAGGCAAGCCUGAAACUCCUACCUUUUGCAGUCUCUCUGGGAUCAGUAAAAGAAAAAAAAUGCUUCAGAAGUGGGACUGUAAAUAUGUAUAUUUUGUACAGCCCAUGUACCUACUUUGUAUAGAAAAGUAAUUUUAAAAAAAAUUGAACUGAAGGGGGUAAAAUAAGGAGGUCAUGAAGUUUUUUGCAUUUUAUUUAAGUGAAGGAAUUCCAAAUGACUCACCUGCAGAAUUUUAGCACAAAAAUAACCAUUGUAAAGUGUUCCAGUUUGAAAUAAUCAUUCUUUCUUGGAGAGGAGGUAAAGUCUAUUUCAGUUACAAGGUUUUGGUUUUGGUUUUGUUUUAUUUUUGCAGUCCUGUUUAUCUGCAGUGAUGUUAAAGACUAUUGCUAGAACAGAUUGCUACAAAAAAAAAAAAAGAUUCUAUUCUGGAAGAAAAAUAACUGAUAUAUUUAACCAAUUAAUUUAAAGUAUUGCCAUUUAAAUGACACAUCAAGGCAUGUACUGUGCAGACAGAUUUUUCAGUCAUUUAUUUUUCUUUAUUGCAGUGGAUUGAUUUGAUAAAUAGAUGUGUUAAUUCAAGACAUACAUUUGCUGUACAUAUUAUUUAAUAAACUUUAUUCAGAACUGCG